GGGUGGGGGUGGAAAAAUCGAUCGGCUGUUUGUAGCUGUGGAAAUUAUAAUUUAUAAAACACAGUUCGUAUUAUUGAAGUAAAAGAUGGCUACUUAUUGUCCAACUAAAUUAGUGAAAAAGCAACAGCUGCUAGCGGGAGUAGACAAAGUAGACGAGGACACAGUGUUUGCACAUUUUCUUAAAAAAUUGGAAAAGGAAAAGGCUUUACUUGCCGGAAUGAGAUCUGACGAAUUGGCACCAAGGAAACGCUUUCAAAGGAUAUUACAGGAUAUAGAACAUGAAAAAUUGAUGGAAGAAGCAAUUAUAAAGGCAGAAAAAAGAAAAUUACUGAAGGCAAAACAACUAGAACAAGAGGAGAGAAUUGCCAAGGAACUGGAAAGAAUAAAAUAUGAAAAACUAAAAGAUGAAAAAAUGAGACAGCAAGUCAGAGAAAACAGUCUUGAGCUUCGUGAGUUGGAAGCCAAGUUGAAGGCUGCUUAUGUGAACAGAGAAAGAGCUGCCCAGAUAGCUGAAAAAGAAGCAAAUCGUUUAGAGAAGAUUAAACGAGAGGCUGAGAUUGCUAAAUUGAUGAAGAAAGAACAUGAGAAAGCUACAGCGGAGGAGAAUAAGGAGGAACAAAAACGUCAUGAACAAGCCGUAAAAUAUCAGAAGGAGCUGGGGCAGCAACUUGAUCAAAAUGAGCAAAGGAGACAGGAAGCAUAUGAUGAAUUCCUAAAAGAUAAACUAAGGAUUGAUGAAAUUGUAAGAAAGAUCUAUGAUGAAGAUCAGAGGGACAGAGAAUUGAAGAUGGAGAAGAUGAAGGAAACUCAGAGAUACAUUGAGGAAUUCCAGAAGCAACGAGCUGAAUGGAAGCAGAUGGAACGUGAAAAAAUGGAAGCAGAGAACAGAAAAGUUAUGGAAUUUGCUAACACGCAGCAAAGCAGAGAAGAUGACCGGAUGGCCAAAGUUCGAGAACGAGACGAACAGAAAAAUAUGUUGUACAAAAAGCUUGCCGAGGAAAUUGAAAAGAAACGGCAUGAUCGUGAAGAGUUGGAGAAUAUCCGACAAGAACUGUAUCUUGAAAAAGCAGAAGAGGCUCGCAGACAACAAGAAAUAGCAGACAUGGAAAAGCAAAUUCAUCAGCGUCUCGAAUUGCAACAGACCUACCAAGAGCAAAUGGCUUUCAAACAGAAGCGUAUGCAGGUGGAGAAAGAGGAGGAGGAUGAGAUACGAAGGAAGAUGAUGGCUAAACUUGCAGAGGAUGACCGUAUUGAACAGAUGAAUGAACAGAAAAGACGUAUGAAACAGCUUGAGCAUAGGAAGGCUGUGGAGAAAAUCAUUGAAGAUCGACGCCAACAAUUUGAAGCAAACCAACAACGGGAACUUGAAAGACAACGUGAAGAAGAGAGGAAGAAGGCAGCUCUUCAAACCAUGAUUGAGGAAGAAAGGCAGAAACUUCUCAAAGAGCAUGCCAGCAAAUUACUAGGCUACCUUCCAAAGGGGGUAUUUAGAGAUGAACAGGAACUUGAACUGUUUGAUGAUGACUUCAGAGAAAAUUUCAAGAAAGGAAGCGCCAAUCUGUCUUCAGAUGAAGGCUGGGAUUGUUAGACCUGUACCCAUCAUGUUUGGUAUUUAAAGCAUGGCUGCAGGAGCCAGCACAGUUACUUCAUUUAUAUUGAUCUCUAUUUUUAAUUGUAGAGUUGAAAAUGUAACUGAUGUGAAUGUUAAUGACAUUAUAUAAAUAAAUAAUAUA